AAGAACAACGAGUUCAAAACUAAACAUUCCAUCAUACACCCUGAUCCAACACGUACUGAUUAAAAACAAAACUGUCCCAUUUCUUCUUGAGAAGCAGGACGUGAUAACGAACCGAAAGUCUCUCCCACACCCCCCCAAAAAGAAAUGUUAGCUGAGGUGAAUUUUGUCCAUCCUCAGCGUCAAGUGAAACGAUCCUGUCCUCUCGGACCUUUCCCCAGGUCGGUGUGGAUCCACGAAGAUACUCCGCAGGACGCCUUGGACAGAAUCUGUUACGAAAUCUGGAAAAGAGUUCAAAGGAUAUCGACAGCAUCAGCACCGGUCACAAAAAACACCGGCCACUCGAAGGAAGGCUUAUCGACCACCCACCCUCAGAACCAAGACUCCGGUAUAAAUAACAAGGGUCUGCGUAUUAAUGAUUCAUCCUUUCUGCAACAAGAGGCAAUUGAAAGUUACAGCAGCGAGAGGGGAGCGGAGCGGACAAGAGACAGGUCUGUGAGGUGUCAUCAGGUGAACAACGACAUUUCACUGAUGGUCCAGCAGGAGUACCUGAGCCUGGUUGAGGAGUUCACCUCUCAUGCUGACUCCCAAGGCAGCCAGAACCCACAGGAACGCCAAGCAGAAUGGGACUGCCCCCCCACCGGGACCUCGCUGACCCUCGCUGCCGAGGAGGUGAGGAGAAACAUCGAGAAGUACCUGAGGUCCGUCAUCCGGGGGAUCGAAUGCACGCAGCAGCAGAGCAGGGGCUCCGGGGCUCAGGGGGCAUCUGCUCCUGAUUCUGCAGUCCACCCUCCCUCCCGGCGCCGGUCCCAGCCUGCCACCGCCUCCCCCUCUCCUUCUGUUUUAAACAGCGAGGGCUCCCAGCUCCUCUCCGAGUCCCCUCAGGAGCCGAGCGAGACUGGCCAGGCACCUGAUAACACGGUGGGGCUGGAGGAAGCCAAACUGAUCCGGGAUUUACUGCAGGACAGGAUCUUCCGCUCGGGCAGCUGCAGUGAGAGUGGUAACAGCGGCGGCCGUGAUCAGAGGGGCAGUGGCAGUGCCUGUUCCGCCUCCCCCAUCACCACUCCCACCCCCUCCCCGGCAGAGGCCCAGGACAGCAAGAAGACCCCCCAGCUGCUGCCAGUGUUUGCUAGACUCCACACCCCUGAGAAGCAAAGGAAUGGGCUUCCCCAAUGCAUAGCUGAAUCUGAUUUGAAGACUGUCAGCAAACAUAUCCUGAUCACCAAAGAGACCCUUGCAGAGUUUCGUCUGCGCAUGUCGAACACCAGCCUGUUUGGAGGAGCCUGCCAGGGGCAAGACAUACAUGUGCCUUGCAAGCCAAGUCCCGCCAGCUGUUUGAACCCAGGCUCUCCAGCUGUAGCCAGGGUGCCAGCCCAGAUUAGACAGGCCAGUCUGGCACCCCAGCUUCUCCCAUGGAAGAAGGACCCCAACAUGCCCAGCAAGGCCAGUGACAGGCUCGGAGCCACCAGCUCAUCCGGCUUCGGGCAGGACUGCACAAGGAAGCAGAUUGCUCCGCCAGAGAAAGGCUUGCACUACGAAUUCCUGGAUAAUGUCAGGAGACCAGAUGGCCAGGCUGCAGUCAGCUGCAGGGUGGUCCACACGAGCGGUCCGCCAGAAUCUAUCCCUGCCUGUGCUGUUGAAGAAAGCAGGAUGUGCUGUCCGGACCGCAGGCUGUGUUCACUAGCCUCAGAGCAUCGCAGCACCUUGAAGUACACCGGGAAGACUUUCAUCCCAGGCAGCGUGGCUGGCAUUGUGCCCAGGACACCGCUGAUCAGCUGCCAGCCCCCUCCACACAACCCUCCCGGCUUCAGCCCUUACCAGAACUGUUUUCAGCAGCAGCAGCAGCAGCAGCAUAGAGCCCAGACACACUACCAGCAGGCUCUGAACUCCCAGGCUGGAUAUCAUGCACGACGGCAGGUGAAUCACUUCCCCUACCCCCAGAUGACGCAGUCCCUCAUCUACCCUCCGUGCUUCGGCUUCCUGCCCAUGGUGCAGCCCUACCAGCAGGGCCCAGGCUCCAAGCCCCCCGGCAGCAAUCCAUCAGGCAUGGCGGGAGACGGGCCUCAGUACCUGUACCAACCCGCAUACAGAUACAGCUCCCCACACUCUAGAAACAUGUACAACCACAAUAACAGCAGCAGCAGCAGCAGCAGCAGCAGUCAGCCCUAUUUCACAAGCAACACAAAUGGUAGGGUUUUCUUUCACUGUGUUUAGUUUGAGCUGCGAGGGGAAUCCUUUGCGUCGGGUUCUGAGGUCAUCAGAUCUGAGGUGAGCUUCACACUGGGUCAAGAAAGUUCCUAGUUUUGCUUGCCUUGCCUUCCAGGAAGUCUUUUACUGCCUCACUUCCUCUGUACUGUAAUUUCUCCUCAGCAGUGUGCUCUGGGUCAUCCCACUGGCUGCAAGACAUGUCAGUCAUGGUGGGAAGUAGAUGACACAUGUGCUGACAGGAAAGCAGGCUAUGAAGGGCGGGGGAUGACCCCAGGGGGAACUGACUAACAAAAAGUGCACAAGACUUUUAAAACAAGGACUGCAAACCGAGAGUUCCAGAUAUCAUGUUUUAACAAUUGAGCACCAGUCCGUGGCAAUUAACUAGAUACUUCUUAAAGGCAAUUCCGAGUGCGCCUACUUCUCACUUCUCAAACCUUAUCUAUAGAGAAGCUGCAGAGACUCACUGGGUUGAACUGUGAUCCUGACUCCCAGUCCCUAGCGCUCACACUAGGCCACCUCCCACUGCAGUGCCAUCUGUUGGUGUGCAGCUGGGGGAUUCCACUGUGUUGACAAUGACUUUAAUAUCUUUUCUUCAUUUCCAGUUCCUCCAGGCUUCUCGACCGAUGGAUUGUACAUGGGGCCCAUGUAGCUGAGCACUGCGGAAAUUAGGACAAGCAGUUAGAUAGUUGUUAUUAUUAUUAUUAUUAUUAUUAUUAUUAUUAUUAUUAUUAUUAUUAUUAUUAUUAUUCAGAUGUUUCUGUAUUAAUGUCAUUUUGAUAAAACUUGUAAACCUUUUUUUUUCAUUUGCAAGACAAUGGUCCCCCGUGCUUUUUUCUUCUUUUUUUUUAAUCGCAUGCCUUCCUUUAUACAUUCUAAACCACAUAUAAGAAAUCAAUUAAUCACCGUUAAGGCUUUGUCUUCUUAUCCUGUCUACAGGUUUCACCCGACACACAUGGUAUUAACUUGUAGUAUAAGGUUAAAAACACUGUUCCAAAAUGUACAGUACGGUAGAAAUGUAUGCAAAAUGUAUGCAAGCCAAGAAUCAAUCACCCAGUCAAUGCACAUGCUAACUGACUCUCCAAGCAACCCAAGAAUCAAUGGUAAAGUAUUGUAAACCAUUGUAAAUCUGAUAAGAUGCAAAGCAAAAGAAAUAAAGACAGAAACCCUGGAGACGGGGAAAUGUAUUCAGUGCCACCGUUUCACUGCAGGGUUCAUUAACUAACAGUAUGUAAUAAAAAUGAUCAUCCAUCAAA